CGGGGCUGGGAUAUGUUUGUAAACAUUCCAGCGCGGAAAUGUUGAGCUGUGGCUGUGGCUGGUGCUGCUUGUGGGUGUGGGUUCCGGAGUUUGGGUCCGCUGUGUGCGUGUGGCACCUGUUGUAACACUUUGUAGCAGACGUUUAUUUGUGUCCGUGAAAGUACUGUGCGUUAUUGUGAAUGGUAGUUACAGCCAUGAGACGUUAUCCUAACGAUAUUAACCGACUAGUUCAGACUUUGUCUGUUUGUAAGGAGGUUGACACUGUCCAGUGUUAUUAGAGUCUGAGUACUUACCAGAUAACAAUAUUUUCAUAAAGAUAUACAGACUCACACCAAAGCAAGAGCAGCUCAGCAUGUCAUCUUACAAGCGAGUUUUCAGCCUGGAGAGUCCUCAUGGUCCUGGAGGAGUGUUUUUCACGUGGCAAAAGGCUUCAGGUGGAUUCCUAGCCACAACAGGUUACAACCAAGUGGUUAACAUUUAUGACCGGCAUGGCAACCUACGAGAACAGAUACACUUGCCAGGCGUGUGCUCAGGUUUUGGUUGGGACAAGGAUGGUGCACUGCUCUCCAUCAUCAAUGACAGGUCUCCUCUUGUCCAUGUGUGGGAUGCCAAUUCAGGACGAGUACAGCACUUAGACUCAGGGCUACGGGACACCCUUACCUUUCUGUCCUGGUCUCGCACAGCACCUCUGCUAGCUGUGGGCACAGCUAAGGGCAAUCUUAUGAUCUACAACCACCAGACGUCUAGACGGAUUCCAGUGGUUGGGAAACACAGCAGGAAGAUUCAGAGUGGCAGUUGGUCAACAGCAAAUCUCUUGGCCUUGGGUGGAGAAGACAAGAUUCUGACUAUCAGCAACAGUGAAGGAGACACCUUACGCACAACACCUCUGCGUGGAGAGCCCUCAGACAUACAGUUCUCUGAGAUGAAACAAGACGAGAGAGCUAUGUCAGAAAACACAGUCAGUCUUAUUGUUGCUAAGAAGACAUUGUUUCUCUACAAUUUAAAUGAUCCAGAAAAUCCAAUUGAGUUAGCCUUUGAGAACAGAUACGGCACCAUUGUGACAUAUAAAUGGUAUGGGGAUGGUUACAUCCUGCUGGGUUUCUCAGCUGGUUACUUUGUGGUCAUCUCUACUCACCUGAAAGAAAUUGGACAGGAACUGUUUCAGGCUAAAAACCAUCGAGACGUUCUAAAUGACAUUGCCAUCUCUACCUCCCUGAGCAAGGCUGCCUCAUGUGGGGAUAAUUUCAUCAAGAUACAUGAAUUGACAAACCUGAAGGAAUCAUAUGCAGUUGUCACAGUGGAUGAUGAGCGCGGGUUGGACUGGCUGGAGUGGUCUGAUGAUGGGCAGCUAUUGGCUGUGGCAUCACCUACAGGAAACAUCCACGUGUAUCUCACCAAGCUACCAGUAUUGGGAGGUGCACACACCACCCGUGUAGCCUUCCUCACUUCUCUGCUUGAGGUGACAGUGACCAAUAUUAUGGAAAAGGAGAGUCCAGUUACUGUGAGUGUGGAUGUGGAACCCACCUUCCUGGGAGUGGGGCCCUAUCAUUUAGUGGUGGGCAUGAACAAUCGGGCAUGGAUCUACACUCUGGGAGAGGAUUCUGCCAUGCUGCUGCGAGACAGAGAGUAUCUUGGCACCAUCACCUCAGUCAGGGUCAAUGCUGACUAUGCCUCUGUGCUGUAUGAGGGAAAGAUACAAUUCCACCUGCUGGAAGGAGAGACUGGUGAGGAUGAAGAAAGAGAGGCCCGCCUCUUCCCUGAUCCAGACCACGCAGAUAUGCACAUCACUGACCAUGCCCUCACUGCUGACUUCCUUGUGUAUUCUACUGAUACUGGGGGAUUGUUCUUCUUCUUCAUUGAGGACUGGCAGAUGGUAGGUGACUACCGGCACACAGCAGAGAUUACCAGCAUCUAUGCUGAGCCCUCAGGUCGUCGCAUAGUGUUGGUGGACAGCAAAGGGGAGGGAUACUUGUACAACCCAGUCAAUGAUGACUUGCUGGAAGUACCACAGUUUCCAGGAUCAUGCCAUGGCUGUCUGUGGGAGAACUCACCAAGUGACCGACACAUGUUCACCUUGUUUGAUGAGAAGCAACUCUACACCUACAUCUACCACCAGGAGCACAUCAAAGGUCACCACCUGGAGUUAAUUGGAAUGACAAAGUUCCCCUCCAGCCAAGUUCCUCUACUCCUUUACAAUGGGGAGGUGACACUUCAGACAGCGUCGGGGAAGACAGUGCCAUUGAUACUUUCCUCACACGAGAUGGAGGCCAACAUUCAUGACUACUCCCAUGAACAGCUCAGAACAGCACUCAAAAAAAACAUUUCCCUCAGAAGAUUCAAGGAUGCAAGUGCUAUAUGCCAGGUGUUGAACAACAAGCAGGACUGGGAGGACUUAGGAAAAGGAUGUCUCUGGUGCCUCAACCUGGAGUUAGGUAUGCGGGUGUUCCGGCAGCUGGGUGACGUGGGAAUGGUAUGGUCCCUUCAGAGCCUCAAGGACUUGGAGGAUCCACUGCUGCUUAGUGGACACUUAGCUAUGUUUCUCAAUGAAUUUAAUUUGGCUCAGGACCUGUACCUGCGUUCAUCCUCCCCUGUGGCUGCUCUGGAGAUGCGCCGUGACCUGCUGCACUGGGACCAGGCACUUCAGCUUGCCAAGAAGCUCUCACCUGACCAAAUUCCUUUCAUCUCCAGGGAAUAUGCACAGCAGCUUGAAUUCAUAGGGGACUACCCUGGAGCCCUCACUCAUUAUGAGCGUGGUGUAGUCAAUAUAGGUGGCUCUGAGGACCAUAAUGCUGCAUGCAAGGCUGGUAUUGCACGUACAGCACUCCGAUGUGGGGACAUCAGAAGAGGUGUUAAUAUUGCUGCAGAAAUGAACAGCCGUAUGCUGAAGAGAGAAUGUGCUGAGAUCUUGGAGAGUAAAAAGCAAUACUCCGAAGCAGCAGUGCUAUAUGAAAGUGGCAACUUCCAUGAGAAAGCUUCAAGCCUUUAUAUCCGACUCAAGAACUGGAACAAAGUUGGACAGCUAUUGGUCAACAUAAAUUCUCCAAAGAUGCAUUUACAAUAUGCCAAGGCCAAAGAAUCUGAUGGCCAGUACCGGGAGGCUGCCACUUAUUAUGAGUCAGCACGGGACUAUGAGUCAGUGAUUCGUCUGUUACUGCAUAACCUCAACUCACCUGAAGAAGCUGUCAGAAUCGUACGGGAGACCAAGAGUGUAGAAGGUGCCAAGAUGGUUGCCAAGUUCUUCCAGAAACUAGGGGACUACAACUCAGCAAUACAAUUUUUGGUGCUGUCAAAAUGCAUGGACGAAGCAUUCCAGCUGGCCCGCACCCAUGGCAAGAUGGAGCUCUAUGCUGAGAUCUUGGGUUCAGACGCUACACCAGAAGACUACAAAAGUGUUGCUCUGCACUUUGAAAAUGAACGAAAUCACUUCCUUUCUGGAAAGUUUUAUUAUUUAGCUGGUGUAUAUCCAAAGGCAGUGAAGCAUCUAAUCCGUGCAGCACAGAGUACUAGUACUGAGGACUCAGAAAGCAUCCAAAUGGCCAUUGAUGUGGUUGCUGCUGCUGAUGAUGAUGGACUCACACGCCAGCUAAUUGACUUCUUGAUGGGAGAGGUUGAUGGCAUCCCAAAGGAUGCAAAAUACCUAUUCCGACUCUAUAUGGCUAAAAACCAAUAUCGUGAGGCAGCAAAAACUGCCAUCAUCAUAGCAAGAGAAGAGCAGAACUCAGGAAAUUAUCGCCAUGCCCAUGAUGUGCUGCUGGGUAUGUAUGGAGAGCUGCAGCGACAGAAACUCAAGAUUCCUGCAGACAUGAGUUCAGCUCUAUUGCUUCUUCACUCUUACACAUUGGCCAGGCUGUUGGUGCGCAAGGGGGACCAUCUCAAGGCCGCCAGGAUGCUUAUUAGAGUCUCAAAUAACAUUUCCAAGUUUCCAGCACACAUGGUCCCCAUCUUAACCUCCACUGUUAUUGAGUGCCAGCGAGCCGGACUCAAGAAUUCUUCAUUCAGUUUUGCUGCCAUGCUGAUGCGUCCUGAGACUCGUGGUCAGAUAGAUGAAAGAUACAAGAAAAAAAUUGAGGCCAUAGUGCGCAAACCACAGAAGAGUGAGGAAGAAGAAAAGAGGUCACCUUGCCCCUUCUGUUCAACAGCUAUUGAGGAGACUAGUCUUGAAUGUGCUCAGUGUCAAAGCUCCCUGCCAUACUGCAUUGCUACGGGCCAGCAUAUCUUAGCAGAUGACAUAACCAUCUGUCCCUCCUGCAAGUUUCCAGCUAUAAGGACUGAGCUGAUAAAGUUGGUGCAGGAUGGAGAGGGUUGUCCCAUGUGCAAUACAGUCCUGGAAGUCAGUAAGCUCACACCUGUAGCAAACUGGAAGACCAUUAUCCUUAAUGUAGAAACUUAGGAUUAAUAUUAAAGUUCAACACAUUACAAAGAAUUCAAGCAUAAGACACUGCACAUUAACUCAUUAGAUAAACCAAUCUAGUCACUUGAAAGUCAUAGAUUAUAACAAUGUUGGUUGUUAAUUUGUUUUCUGUCUUCAUUUUGUAUUAACAUUUUAGGAUAAAUUACUAUAUCAUUACUGUAUAUGGAACAGUAAUAUGGAGCAUUUAAGUGUGGUUCACUUUGGAAUUUGGCUUUUCUUGGCCCUACCUGAUUUAUCUUCACUGCACCUAAGAUGAUCUGAAAAUAAACUCAACUGCAGUCAAA